AUGGCAAAAAUCGCUAUCAUAACCUAUUCAUUGUACGGUCACAUCGACACUCUAGCUAAGUCUAUCCAAAAAGGGGUCCAGGCCGCAGGCGGACAAGCUGACCUUUUUCGGGUUGAGGAAACCUUACCAGAGGAAGUGCUCGAAAAGAUGUUUGCUCCUGCCAAACCUGAUAUCCCAAUUGCCACGACUCAAGUGCUCGAGGAAUAUGAUGCUUUUCUUUUCGGAGUGCCUACAAGGUAUGGCAACGUACCAGCUCAAUGGGCUGCAUUUUGGGACCAAACUGGCGGGUUAUGGGUCAAAGGUGCUCUUCAAGGGAAACCUGCCGGCUUGUUUGUGUCUACUGGCUCUUAUGGAGGUGGCCAAGAAAUAACAAUCAAAACUUGUAUGACCUACUUGGUUCAUCAUGGGCUAAUCUACAUUCCGCUAGGGUACAAGAACGUCUUCGCGGAGCUUUCAAAUGUCGAGGAAAUCCACGGCGGCUCCGCUUGGGGUGCAGGAACCCUGGCUGGCGUUGAUGGAUCAAGACAGCCAAGUGAGCUUGAGCUCAGGAUGGCUGUUGCUCAAGGUAAGUCAUUCUAUGAAGUUGCGCAACAUUUCCCCCUUUCUGCUAAAAAAGCUGCUAAAAAAGAGGUCGGAAGCGCACAGAAGAGCUCAGCGGCUCAGAGGACCACUCAGCAAGCACCUGCUAAAACCGAAAAGAAAGAGCCUAGCAAAUCAGGUUGCUGUGUGAUGAUGUGA